GUGUGUGUAAGGAUAAUGCAUGUACGGGAAUUCCACGCACCGUUCCUACCCAUUGAUCGAAUCGACGUGAAGUGCGCCCGUCCGAGGUUGAACUGGGUGGCUGAGGUGAUCAAGGUUCACAAUAAACCGCCGUCCGGCACUUCUGGUAGAGUUAAUAUCCAGAGAAAGGCUCACUCGGUACUUGGAGCCAGACACGAGUUGGUCCUGCAGCCUCGCAACCUCACAGUCCCAGAGCCGUCCGGCGAGGUGAGAUUGCGCGAGAGCGACCAAGAGCCGGAGAUGCUUGAAAGGCAAUAUGGAGAGAGAUCGACGAACAAAGCACAUUCCACGCGCCGUUAUUUGUUCCUUGUCUGCGUCUGUAUCGGCACAAAUGGUCGGCUAUCGGUACCCUCCAACAAGGACCAUCAUUACCGAAAUCUUCGAGACCGGUACACGAAUUGUACGUACGUUGACGGCAACCUGGAAAUCACAUGGCUGCAGAACCUUGAGCUGGACCUCAGUUUUCUUCAGUACAUCCGGGAGGUCACCGGGUACGUCCUCAUCAGCCACGUGGACGUGCGGAAGGUUGUCCUGCCGCGGCUUCAGAUCAUUCGCGGCCGAACCUUGUUCAAGGUGAACAUUCACGAAGUCGAGUUUGCACUAUUCGUCACCAUGUGCCAGAUGUAUAGCCUUGAGCUACCAGCACUUCGAGACGUCCUAAAUGGCAGUGUCGGCAUGUACAACAACUACAAUCUCUGCCACAUGCGGACUAUCAAUUGGGACGAAAUAAUAACGGGUCCCCAGUCAAAGUAUGUUUACGUGUACAACUUCACAGCCCCGGAGCGGGUAUGCCCCGAGUGUGACAAGAGUUGUGAGCAGGGAUGCUGGGGCGAAGGACCCGACAAUUGCCAGAGUUUCUCAAAGACAAACUGCUCCCCACAGUGCUGGCAGGGACGUUGCUUCGGGCGAAAUCCAAGGGAGUGCUGUCACCUCUUUUGCGCCGGGGGUUGCACAGGACCAAAGCAGAGUGAUUGUUUGGCGUGCAAGAACUUCUUCGACGACGGUGUAUGUACGCAAGAAUGUCCGCCAAUGCAGAAAUAUAAUCCGACAACAUACUCAUGGGAAACAAACCCCGAUGGGAAGUAUGCAUAUGGGGCAACGUGUGUCCGUAAGUGUCCCGAGCACCUUCUUAAGGACAACGGCGCAUGCGUGCGUUCCUGCCCUGCGAAGAAAAAGGCUGUUAAUGGCGAAUGUGUACCGUGCGAUGGUCCAUGUCCAAAGACUUGCCAAGGUGUAGAUCGGGUCCAUUCUGGAAACAUCGACAGCUUUAAAGAUUGUACAAUAAUUGAAGGCUCGAUCACGAUAUUGGACCAGAGUUUCAUGGGAUAUCAACACAUAUACACGAACUUUACGUUUGGACCGAGGUAUCUGGAGCUUCACCCUGACAGACUCGAGGUGUUCAGCACUCUAAAGGAAGUUACGGGAUACAUCAAUAUUCAAGGAUAUCACAAACAGUUCACAAAUCUUUCGUACUUUCGGAAUCUGGAGGUUAUCGGGGGCAGAAGCCUGACCGAGACAUUCUUUGCAUCGCUUUAUAUUGUGAAGACAGCCCUGGUAUCCCUCGGAUUGAAUUCACUGAAAAAGAUCAACUCCGGUACGGUAGCAAUCCUGGAGAACACGGAUCUCUGCUACGCUCAGAGCAUCAACUGGACUCGAAUAAAAAGAUCUCAAGAACAUAGCACUAUUCUGUCCAGCAACAAGCCCGAAGCUGACUGCGCACGCGAAGGCUUGGUAUGCGAUGAUCAAUGUUCAGACGAGGGCUGCUGGGGGCCGGGUCCCGAGCAAUGUUUGUCUUGCAGGAAUUUCAUAUUGGAAAAUAUUUGCGUACAAAAUUGCACAGCAGUUCCUGGUAUUUACCAAGCAGACGAAAGAGUCUGCAAACCUUGUCACGAGCAAUGCAACGGUACUUGCUCCGGUCCGAAUGCGGAACACUGCAACUCAUGUAAGCAUGUGCGCGACGGGCCUUUCUGCGUUCCUAAAUGUCCAUCAUCGAAGUUCAACGAUGGCGGGAUAUGCAGACACUGUCACAACAAUUGUGUAGGGGGGUGCGAGGGUCCAGAAAAUAACAUUGGUCCAAAUGGGUGUCACAGUUGCGAAAAAGCGAUUAUGAACUUUGAAACACCGGAAAGCUGUUUGAGAACGGACGAGUACUGCCCGGAAGGCUACUACUGGGAGGGAGUCGAGCCUCAGGAACGGGGCCCUCUGAAGGCCCUUGCUGGUAAAGCUGUUUGUCGGAAGUGUCAUCCUCGAUGCCUCAAGUGUACCGGAUACGGUUUUCAUCAACAAGUUUGCCAGGAAUGCGCCAAGUAUAAGAAAGGUGAACAAUGCGAAGACGAGUGCCCCGCCGAUCACUUCGCAAUACCGGAAACCCGGAGCUGCAUCCCAUGCUCUCCGGAGUGCAGAGGCUGUUACGGCCCGGGAGCUGAUCAGUGUUACAAGUGCCGAAACUUUAAGGUUUUCACCAACCUGGUCACGGAAGAUGACAACGCAACAUCCUUCAAUUGCACCGACACUUGCCCGCCAGAAUACCCAUUUACGAGGUUCCCUAUGGACAACGAUCCGUUCUGCUCCGAGCAGUCAAAGGAGACAAGUUACCCGAUAGAUAUGGAACAAACACCGGCGAUAUUAGCGGGUGUUGGUGUUUGCGUAGUGAUCCUAAUGGUCUUCUCCGCUGCGGUAUUAUGCCUGUGGCGUCAGCGGACGAAGGCCAAGGAAAACACGGUGAAAAUGACGAUGGCACUUACCGGGCUUGAUGACAACGAGCCUCUAAGGCCUACGGGAGUGAAGCCGAAUUUGGCAAAGCUGCGUAUAAUCAAGGAGGAGGAGAUGAGAAAGGGCGGCAUACUCGGAUACGGGGCAUUCGGCAACGUUUACAAGGGAGUCUGGGUGCCGGAGGGUGAGAACGUUAAGAUCCCAGUUGCGAUCAAAGUCCUCCAUGAUGGCACGGGGGCCAAUACGUCUAAGGAAUUCCUCGACGAGGCCUACAUCAUGGCAAGUGUCGAACAUCCGAAUCUACUUCAGCUACUCGCCGUCUGCAUGACGUCGCAGAUGAUGCUUGUGACGCAAUUGAUGCCACUCGGCUGUCUCCUUGACUUCGUUAGAAAGUAUAAGGACAAGAUCGGCUCGAAGCCUCUAUUGAAUUGGUGUACACAGAUCGCCAGGGGUAUGGCCUAUCUCGAAGAGAGACGAUUGGUGCACAGGGAUUUGGCAGCCAGGAACGUCCUUGUGCAAACGCCAAACUGCGUGAAAAUAACCGACUUUGGCCUUGCAAAGCUUUUGGACAUCAACGAGGAACAGUACAAGGCUGCUGGCGGUAAAAUGCCGAUAAAAUGGUUGGCCUUGGAAUGUAUUCAACACCGGGUAUUUACGCACAAGUCUGACGUCUGGGCAUUUGGUGUUACCAUCUGGGAGGUUUUGACCUACGGCGGAAGACCCUACGAGAACGUCCCGGCAAGGAAUGUGCCAGAGUUAUUGGAAAAGGGGGAACGACUACCGCAGCCGGCGAUAUGUACGAUCGAUGUGUACAUGAUCAUGAUAAAGUGCUGGAUGCUCGACGCGGAGUCGAGACCAAGCUUCAAGGAGCUUGCCGAGGACUUUGCAAAAAUGUCGAGAGAUCCUGGACGUUAUCUGGCAAUAAAGGGGGACAAGUACAUGAUACUACCAUCCUAUACGUUGCAGGAUAAAAAAGAAAUGAUAAGAAAUCUGGCGUCGGCGAUGGAUGGUCCGGAAGCCGUGGUAGACGCGGAUGAAUAUCUCCAACCAAAGUCCAGGGCGCCGAUACCACCUAUCGCGGUAUCAUCGUCGAGUACGUCCGGCUCACCCCCCAACACACCAAUAAAGAGCUGCUGGCCGAAUGGCGCACCAAUGGCCGCCGACUCGCCGACACCGCAGAACCAACAGAACUGGGACCGGGAGCUAUUGCGAUACGGGGUCGGGGGUAAUGGGGGUACCUCGCGGGAGCCCGCGGAGGCGAACCCCGCGCAUCUACAGCACCCGCAUUAUGCCCACCCAAACGGCCAUUGCGGCCCGACUGCCAGCUUGGACGGCUCGAACUCCAGAUACUGUUCGGACCCCCUGAAAAUGAUCGGAGUCAUAGAAUGCGACGUAACGGACGACUGCUUCAAGUCGGAGGUUGGCGCGGUACACCAACAAGCUCGGAUCGGUAAUUUGAAGUUGGACCUUCCCCUGGACGAAGACGACUACCUCAUGCCCUCACCCCAGAUGCCGGCAAGCACGAUACAAUACAUGGAUUUGAUCGGUGAUUCGAAACCUAACGAGUCAGAGUCGAAACACAUGAACAACGGAUAUCGAAAGUACCCGGAAUUCUUAACGAUCCCCGGGAAAACGUCGGUCGACAAUCCGGAGUACAUCAUGUCGCAGGACGACGUGGCGUUGAGCCCGCAGACGUUGGGGAUUCCCGCCACCGCGGAUCUCGUCAAGACGGAGACGACAAACGGUCCCGCUUUUGGCUCUCAAGUCAGGCAAAGGAGUUCGGAAGAGGAAUCGGAUCACGAGUACUACAACGACUUUGAUCGGCUUGAGCGCGAACUUCAGCCUUUAAAACCGCUUAGAAAGAACGAAACGACAGUAUAAUAAUUAUUAUCUCAACUUACACUGGUGUAUCUAUAUCUGUAUGGCAUCGUUGCAGCGGGGGUAACAGGGAGCUGUCACGCAUGAAGUAUGAUCAUUUUGUAAAAUUAUACAGGAUCA